AUGCCUGCCUCAACUUCUUUUAGUGACUCCAUAGAGAAGGGCCAAGAGAAGAAUGUGGACUACGUGACCGAUUUCAACUCGGAAAUUGGUGAAACAAAAAACCAUGAAGUAAAAAGAGAUUUGAAGGCUCGUCAUAUUUCCAUGAUUGCAUUGGGAGGAACCAUUGGUACGGGGUUAUUUAUCUCUUCAGGUUCGACUCUUCAAGAUGCUGGACCUGUUUCGUCGUUAAUUUGUUACUUGUUCAUUACUUCGUUGGCAUUCAGUGUCACCCAGGCGUUGGGAGAAAUGGCCACUUUAAUUCCUGUUUCUGGUUCAUUCACUCAGUUUGUCACAAGAUGGUGCUCGCCUGCUCUCGGCGCUGCCAAUGGAUAUAAUUACUGUUUCUCGUGGUGUAUAACAUUUGCCCUUGAAGUGUCGGUGGUGGGUCAAAUCAUCAACUCCAGUUGGCCCAACCCGGUACCUUUGGCUGCAUGGGUUGCCAUUUUCUUUGUCAUUUUAACAGCCGCCAAUCUCUUCCCCGUCAAAUACUAUGGAGAAAUUGAGUUCUGGGUUGCUUCGCUCAAGGUGAUUGCCGUUGCUGGUUGGAUCAUUUACGCUUUCAUUAUGGUGUGUGGAGCUGGCAAAACUGGCCCUGUGGGCUUCCGUUACUGGAGAAAUCCUGGUCCUUGGGGCCCUGGUAUUUUGGUGGAAAGUAACAUCAACACUGCCAGAUUUUUGGGCUGGUUAUCUUCCUUGAUCAGUGCCGCAUUCACAUUCCAAGGUUGUGAACUUGUGGGAUUGUCGUGUGGUGAAUCCUCCAAUCCUCGUAAAACCGUCCCUGCGGCCAUCAGAAAGGUGUUGAUCAGAAUUUUGCUUUUCUACGUCUUGUCCAUGCUCUUUAUCGGUUUGUUGGUUCCUUACAAUGAUCCACUUUUCAGCAGUGACGCAAGUUACGUUGCAACUUCUCCCUUCAUCAUCGCUAUUAAAAACUCCGGUACCAAAAUUUUGCCCGACAUCUUCAGCGGUGUCAUCUUGGUAACCAUUAUCUCUGCUGGAAACUCCAACGUCUACUCAGGUUCUCGUGUCUUGUACGGAUUGGCACAAGCUGGAGUUGCUCCAAGAGUGUUCAAAUGGACCACCAAACACGGCGUACCAUAUGUUAGUGUCGUCACCGUCGCUGCGUUUGGUGCCUUGGGCUUCCUUUCGGUCUCCAACAGCGGCCAAACUGUAUUCGACUGGCUCUUAAAUAUCACCGCCGUUUCUGGACUCAUUGCAUGGGGUUUCAUUUCGUUCACCCACAUCAGAUUCAUGAACAUUUUGAAGUCUAGAAACAUCUCAAGAGACACAUUGCCCUACCGGGCAUUGGGCAUGCCAUAUGCUUCAUAUUAUGCCACCAUUACCAUCUUCAUCUUGGUUUUCAUCCAAGGUUUUUCGUGCUUCUGGGACAUAGAUGCAUCCAAGUUUUUCACUGCCUACAUCUCGGUGAUUCUCUUUGUAUUUUCGUAUGUGGCAUUCCACAUCUACUUUAACUGGAACAACUUGUUCAGCAAGAGGGCAUUCCUCGUUCCUUUGGAAGAAUGUGACAUUGAAACCGGCGCUCGUGAAAUCGACGAUACAGUGUGGGAAGAGAACGAACCACGCAAUUUAUGGGAAAAGUUUUGGAAUAUUGUGUCGUGA